AUGCCAGGUGAAGAUCUUCAGUCAUUUUUCAUAGAUUUUAUGAUGGGGGGUGUAGCAGCGGCCGUUUCCAAGACUGCUGCUGCCCCUAUCGAAAGAGUAAAGUUGUUAAUUCAAAACCAAGAUGAGAUGAUCAAACAAGGACGUUUGGCAAGGAAGUACGAUGGUAUUGUUGAAUGUUUCACCAGAACAGCCGCAGAAGAAGGUAUUGGUUCUUUCUGGAGAGGUAACACUGCCAAUGUCAUCAGAUACUUCCCAACUCAAGCUUUAAAUUUUGCUUUCAAGGAUAAGUUUAAGGCUCUCUUCGGCUUCAAGAAGGAUGACAACUACUGGAAGUGGUUCGCUGGUAAUUUAGCUUCUGGUGGUUUGGCUGGUGCUACCUCGUUGGCUUUUGUUUACUCUUUAGAUUUUGCAAGAACUAGGUUAGCAAACGAUGCCAAAUCUUCCAAGGGUGAUGGCCAGAGAGAAUUCAAAGGAUUAUUUGAUGUGUACAAGAAGACAUUAGCUUCUGAUGGUAUUGCUGGUUUAUACAGAGGGUUUGGUCCUUCUGUUGUAGGAAUUGUGGUUUACAGAGGGUUAUACUUUGGUCUCUAUGAUUCUUUGAAGCCUGUCUUAUUGGUUGGUUCAUUGGAAGGAAACUUUUUAGCUUCCUUUAUGUUAGGAUGGGCUGUUACCACUGGUGCUUCCACAGCCUCUUAUCCAUUGGAUUCCAUCAGAAGAAGAAUGAUGAUGACAUCUGGUCAAGCAGUUAAAUAUAACGGUGCUAUAGAUUGCUUUCAAAAGGUUGUUGCAGCUGAAGGUAUCGCUUCAUUAUUCAAGGGUUGCGGUGCCAAUAUUUUGAGAGGUGUUGCAAGUGCAGGUGUACUCUCGUUGUACGACCAAUUGCAAAUCAUCAUGUUUGGAAAGAAGUUCAAAUAA